AAAGUGAAAUUAAGUGUUUAGUCAAUGGCCAGUUGGCGUCGAGUACAGAAAUGACAUGGCACGUUUCGACGAAUGAUCCUUUUGACAAAUGUUACAUUGGAGCAACCCCCGAACUGGACGAAGAGCGCGUGUUUUGCGGACAAAUGAGUGCAAUAUAUUUAUUCAGCGAAGCGCUGACAACGCAUCAGAUAUGCGCGAUGCAUAGAUUGGGGCCGGGAUAUAAGAGCCAGUUUCGUUUCGACAAUGAGUGCUACCUGAAUCUGCCUGACAAUCAUAAAAGGGUGAGUGAGCAGGAUCUCUCUACGAGCAUGGUGGACCAAAGUAUGCAAAUUGUACUUUACGACGGAAAAUUAUCGAAUGCAAUUGUGUUCAUGUACAAUCCAGUAGCGACAGAUUCGCAGCUUUGUCUACAGAGCGCACCGAAAGGCAAUGUCUCUUAUUUUGUACAUACACCGCACGCCCUCAUGCUACAGGAUGUCAAGGCAAUCAUAACACAUUCUAUUCACAGCACGUUAAACUCGAUAGGUGGUAUUCAAGUACUGUUCCCAUUAUUCUCCCAGCUGGAUAUGCCUUAUGACUGCAUAGCGCCAAACGACAUUAAGCGCGAUCCCACAUUAUGUUCGAAAUUGCUCGGGUUUAUUUGCGACUUAGUGGAGAGUUCUCAAACCGUUCAGCAACAUAUGGUACAAAACAGAGGAUUUUUGGUAAUAAGUUUUAUGCUACAGAAAGCCAGUCGAGAUCAUCUCACGACGGAAGUUCUUGCAUCCUUUUUGGAGCUCACGAAACAUUUAGUGACUUGUCUUAGCGCAAACAGUGAUUUAUUAUUGAAACAGUUGUUUUAUUUUUCAUUCCUAACAUGGCAGCUACUGGAUCACGUUCUUUUUAAUCCCGCUCUAUGGAUAUAUACACCAGCGCCAGUACAAACACGGCUUUACUCGUACCUGGCUACAGAAUUUCUUAGCGACACGCAAAUUUAUUCCAAUGUGAGACGCGUAUCGACGGUUUUGCAAACCGUGCACACACUCAAAUACUAUUAUUGGGUAGCUAAUCCUCGCGCCAAAAGUGGAAUAACACCGAAAGGACUCGAUGGUCCGCGACCGCAACAGAAAGACAUUCUUACAAUUCGUUCAUAUAUUUUAUUAUUUUUAAAACAAUUGAUAAUGAUUGGUAAUGGUGUAAAAGACGACGAAUUACAGAGCAUACUUAAUUAUUUGACGACAAUGCACGAGGAUGAAAAUUUACAUGAUGUUUUACAAAUGCUGAUAUCUUUGAUGUCGGAACAUCCGUCAUCGAUGGUACCCGCAUUCGAUGCGAAACAAGGAGUACGAACGAUUUUCAAGCUUUUGGCAGCUGAAAGCCAGUUGAUACGUUUACAAGCGUUAAAACUACUAGGAUUCUUCCUCAGCCGCAGUACACAUAAACGAAAAUACGAUGUCAUGAGCCCGCAUAAUCUGUACACGUUAUUGGCUGAAAGGCUCUUAUUGAACGAGGAAACACUCUCAUUGCCGACAUACAAUGUUUUAUACGAGAUUAUGACUGAGCACAUCAGUCAACAAAUAUUAUAUGCCAGACAUCCUGAACCUGAAUCUCACUACCGUUUAGAAAAUCCGAUGAUCCUAAAGGUAGUGGCGACAUUAAUUCGACAAUCAAAGCAAACGGAACAACUGCUAGAAGUAAAGAAACUAUUUCUGUCAGACAUGACGUUGCUCUGUAAUAACAAUCGGGAGAAUCGGCGAACAGUUUUGCAAAUGUCUGUAUGGCAGGAGUGGCUUAUUGCUAUGGCUUACAUCCAUCCCAAAAACACUGAGGAACAGAAGAUAUCAGAUAUGGUGUAUUCCUUAUUUCGCAUGCUUCUUCAUCACGCUAUCAAGCAUGAAUACGGUGGCUGGCGUGUUUGGGUUGAUACGUUGGCUAUCGUACACUCUAAGGUAUCGUAUGAGGAAUUCAAGCUUCAGUUUGCCCAAAUGUAUGAGCAUUACGAGCGACAGAGAUCCGAUAACAUUACGGAUCCUGAGCUAAGACAGCAGAGACCGAUCAGCACAAUUUCCGGAUGGGAUCAACAGCAUUCCGGUAGCAACGGAUACAAUAGACCAGCAGUGUGGGGAAAUCAAAAUCACGAGAUACAACAUAUGGAAAGAAAUUAUAAAGAAUUUGAUUCAUCCGAGGCAAAUGAUCGAUUGGAAGAAUCCUGCAGCUGCGAUCUUAAUUCAAUAGAUAAUACCGAAAGCGACGGUAGUCCGGCUAUCGUGAAAUCGCGCAGUGAAACCUUGGACACACUGCAAUCGUGUGAGGUGGUGUCAUUGGACUCGCGAUUGAGCGAUAAACCAGAAACACCAACUACCGCGCGUGAGACUCACACGGAGACACCGACGAUCCUUGAGGAAGCAAACAGCGAAGCCAUCUCGUUGCCAACUACACAAGAAACCAGCGAAGUGAUAUCGAUUGAGAGCUCCAGCGACUUCUACAGCGAGGUGCACAAAAUCGAGAGUUCCAGUCCCGACUCGAUGAUAGUUCAAGACACUUUGAAAAAGGAACAAGACACAAUUCUUGAGAAACAAUCUGUUGCUGUUACCGAAUCCUCUUCAACCGAACAGAUUAAGGAAACCACGGAAGUGACAGCUGUCGAAUUGAAAAACUCGAAGGAAACUGUGACAGAUACAAAUAUUCCCGACACGGUUUCCGCAACAGUGGACAAAGUUGAUAAUCCACCGGUUGAGGACAAGGAAGUGAAGGAGGAAAUUGCCAAGUCUGUCGAGGAGAAUAAUGUUAGGACCGACGAUAGUAAUACGCCUACCAAUACUGAAGAUUCUGACAAAAUUGCAACAGUAAUUGAAAAUGCGGCCGACUCUGUUGCUUUAAAAGUCGACACUGAAGAAGAUAUCGUGCCAAUUGUCCCUUCUGACGAAACACGAGAACCGCUAACGGUUAAAGUUAUCGAGAAACUCCAAUUGGAGAACGACCGCGAGAUAAUUGAUAGCGAUACAUCAGAGGCGUACUUGACGCCAACUGAGAAUCAAGAAAUCUCGAGCGAGAUAAAAAGCAGAAUGUCCGAAGGUGAGAAAAACGACGAUGAGAUUGUCGAGAAGAAGGACAUUUCCGAAGACAGGGACACUGAGACUGGUGAGAACGACGCAGGGGAAACUGUAAAAAAUCCUAAUUGCUCAACUAGCAUAGUAGAAAGCGGUGAGGCUUGCGCGGAGAAGGCGAUAGAUCUAGGAAGCGAGAAGGUGGAGCCCGUAAUAGUGAAUAGUGCGUUAAGUAGUGAUGAAUGCGCUGUGGAUUCUUUAACGGAGGACAAAAGUGCUGUUAUUAAUGAUAACGAAGACGCGAAGGUAAACGAGAAACACUCAAGGGAGCCGUCCACUAUUUCUACUAGCGUAAGUGAUAAUAAGUCAGACGUUCCGGUGACGACUGACGAGGUAGAAGUUACAGAUAGUGUUUGUAGUAAUAGCGACGUUCAAAGUUCUGUAGAUAAUAUGACGCAAGUGCCAAAUCCUAAGCAGCAAAUCCCAACAAUAUCUACGGUCUGUGAUGCAACUAAAAGUUUAUCCGACGGUGUGCCUCAAAUCGUUAGUUCUAAUGUGGUUGCCAGGGACAAUGCGUUAUUGAAUGACUUAACUCCAGAUCACGUAGAUACCCACCGCAGAUCCAGCCUGCCGAUCGUCACUUCGGAAACGAUCGCGGACGAUAACGGUCACGAGCCACCCUCCUUGCCUGUACCCUUACGAAAGACAUCGUCACCCCAAAAACGACCAAGGAGUGCCUCUACGUCCACGCAGGUGGAUCCUAAUCAUUUCGAAGCCAAAAGAUCAAAGCAAGGAAAUCCCUCAACACGGCCAAUGUUUAGUCCAGGCCCGACACGACCUCCCUUCAGAAUACCGGAAUUUAAAUGGUCAUACAUACACCAACGACUACUGUCGGACGUGCUAUUCUCUUUGGAAACAGACAUUCAAGUAUGGAGAAGUCACUCAACGAAGUCAGUAUUGGAUUUUGUAAACAGCAGUGAGAACGCGAUUUUCGUGGUGAAUACUGUUCAUCUAAUUUCGCAGUUAGCCGACAACCUUAUAAUAGCUUGCGGCGGUUUGCUACCCUUAUUAGCAUCAGCCACUUCGCCAAAUAAUGAACUGGAUGUAAUUGAGCCAACUCAGGGGAUGCCAAUCGAAGUGGCAGUUUCUUUUUUGCAAAGACUAGUCAACAUGGCCGACGUACUUAUAUUCGCCAGUUCGUUAAAUUUUGGAGAAUUGGAAGCUGAGAAAAACAUGUCGAGUGGUGGCAUAUUGCGACAAUGUUUACGACUGGUCUGUACAUGUGCCGUUAGAAACUGCUUAGAGUGUAAAGAACGUGGCAGAUCGUACAGCAUGUUAGGUCGGCAGAUUGGUUCUAGUAAUAAAUCACAACAUAUACAAUCGCUUAUACGCGGGGCUCAGACAUCGCCUAAGAACAUCGUGGACAAUCUCACACAUCAGUUAAGUCCUGUGAAGGAUCCCGAGAAAUUGUUGCAAGAUAUGGACGUAAAUCGUUUGAGGGCUGUGAUAUACAGAGAUGUUGAAGAAACCAAGCAGGCACAGUUUCUGUCCCUUGCUAUAGUUUACUUCAUCUCUGUGUUGAUGGUCUCCAAAUAUCGUGACAUAUUGGAACCGCCAAUAUCGCAGCGUCCACCAAGUCCAGUGCAAACAAUACAGACAAAUGGUGCCGGUCUCAGGCCAGGUAGCCCUUCAGAUGGGAAUGGUGGUGGAGGAGGGCGGCCCUUAUUUCCACAGUGGUCUCACCACGUGUACCCACAGUUCCUCCCGGGAUCUCACCCUAACGCCAAUGCAAAUGUCAAUGCCAAUGCCAAUCAUCACAUCAACCAGCACCACCACCAGCACCCGCUACCGGCUGCCAGGCACUCUAAUCGCCAGCCAUCCUCUAAUUAUUAUCUCCCGAAUCAUCACAAUAAUCACUACAAUCAUCAUCCGAAUAAUCAUAACUAUCAUCGCCAUCAUCACUAUCAUCAUCACAAUAACAACAACCACCACCAUACGCUUCAAAAGCAUAUCGAUCAGCCCCGAAAUCUCUGUCAUAGAAACUCUGGUGUCGGUCUGCAAGGUAGCGGAGGUAUAAUGAAUCAAUCUGGCUCUCAAGAUGAUGGCGAGUAUGAAGUCAUUAUCGUCGAUGAGAACAAUUCUUCAAUUUUGGCCGAUCAUGACGUCACGUCAUCUGGACCGCCGUCAACCAAGAGCAAUGACUCCAGUGAGGAGACAGUACAUCGCAGCAAUAUUACUGCGGACCCGAGUCCUUCUGAAGUUACCACCGACAACGAAAACAAGCAUAAUUCUUCGGAAGAAGCCUGGACAGAUGUAAAUCUUAAUGAAGAUGGUGAUACGAUACCUGUUACAAAUCCAAGAGAAGAUCCGCGUAAUAUCCACAAUAUUGCACACUCGCGUGGCGACAUGCAAGACAGCGAAGGCAACGUUCUCGAACAAGAAAUGCUCGGCAAUGCAGAACGCGGGGAGAAACCGUCAGCGGAAAUCUCUGUGGUACGAGUUCCUGAUCGGUUGGUAGUAACCGCAGCAUCCCCGAGGGCCGAUGAAUUACCAAUCAAAGGUCUGGUUGAUCAUUUACCUGUACCAACACCUUCCCGCGAAGCCUCUCUCACGCAAAAGCUGGAAAUGGCUUUGGGUUCAGUUUGCCCCCUCCUUCGAGAGAUCAUGGUGGAUUUUGCUCCCUUCCUGUCCAAAACACUUGUUGGCUCCCAUGGUCAAGAGUUGUUAAUGGAAGGAAAAGGUACGAGCUGCAAGGGUUUAACUACAUUUAAGAACAGCAACUCCGUCGUAGAAUUGGUUAUGCUCCUCUGCUCUCAAGAAUGGCAAAACUCUCUGCAAAAGCACGCAGGUCUCGCUUUCAUCGAGCUCAUUAACGAAGGAAGGCUGCUAUCUCACGCGAUGAAGGAUCACAUAGUAAGAGUCGCAAAUGAAGCAGAGUUCAUUUUAAACAGGAUGAGAGCGGAUGACGUGCUGAAGCAUGCUGACUUUGAGUCACAAUGCGCGCAAACACUAUUGGACCGUCGGGAAGAAGAACGCAUGUGCGAUCAUCUAAUCACCGCAGCACGAAGACGUGAUAAUGUUAUCGCUAGCAGGCUUCUGGAGAAAGUCAGAAAUAUUUUGUCUAACAAGCACGGCGCAUGGGGAUACAUGGAUCCAAUGGCUGCAAAAUUAGCCGAAUACUGGAAACUAGAUGCUUGGGAGGAUGAUGCACGUAGACGCAAGCGUUUCGUGCACAAUCCACUAGGCUCGAGCCACCCCGAGGCUACUCUCAAGGCGGCUCUAGAACACGGUGCACCCGAGGAUGCGAUACUUCAAGCGCGUGAAGAGUUUCACGCGCAUCUCGCAGCCUCGCGUGCACACCAACAGCAAUUGCAGUCGGCGGAUCUCCUGGAUGACAGUGAAUUACUGACGGACGACAGGGAUCUCGACAACGACUUGACAGGUCCAGUGAAUAUUAGCACGAAAGGCAAAUUAAUCGCACCCGGUAUCGUGGCGCCCGGCAUCAUUUCCGUUACAUCUACAGAGCUGUAUUUCGAGGUGGACGAGGAUGAUACGGAAUUCAAAAAAAUCGACAGUGAGGUACUGAAAUACUGUGACCAUUUGCAUGGAAAAUGGUACUUUUCCGAAGUCCGCGCGAUCUUCUCCCGACGUUACUUACUGCAAAAUGUGGCCAUCGAGAUCUUCCUUGCGAGCAGAACUUCGAUCCUGUUCGCGUUCUCGGACCAAGCGACGGUGAAAAAGAUGAUCAAGGCGCUACCGCGAGUCGGUGUUGGCAUCAAAUACGGAAUACCUCAGACUAGACGAGCAUCUUUGAUGUCACCGCGACAGUUGAUGAGGAGCUCCAAUAUGACUCAAAAAUGGCAGCGUCGGGAAAUAUCCAAUUUUGAAUAUUUGAUGUUCCUGAACACAAUUGCUGGCCGCACGUACAAUGACUUGAACCAAUAUCCUGUAUUUCCUUGGGUGUUAACGAACUAUGAAACGAAGGAACUCGAUCUCAGUUUGCCCAGCAAUUACAGAGAUUUGUCGAAGCCCAUUGGCGCAUUGAAUCCAAAUAGGAGAGCUUACUUCGAAGAACGUUUCCAGAGCUGGGAACACGACACUAUACCACCCUUCCACUAUGGCACACAUUAUUCUACGGCGGCCUUUGUUUUAAAUUGGAUGAUACGCGUGGAACCAAUGACAACUAUGUUCUUGGCUUUGCAAGGUGGCAAAUUUGAUCACCCUAAUAGAUUAUUUUCAUCUAUCGCGCUCUCAUGGAAGAAUUGCCAACGUGAUACAUCCGACGUUAAGGAGCUGAUUCCGGAAUUCUUUUUCCUACCAGAAAUGUUAGUAAAUAGCAAUCGCUACCGUUUGGGCAGGCAGGAAGAUGGUAGCUCAGUCGGCGAUGUUGAAUUACCACCCUGGGCUUCGUCUCCCGAAGAAUUUAUACGUAUAAAUCGAAUGGCACUCGAGUCCGAAUUUGUGUCAUGUCAAUUACAUCAAUGGAUCGACCUGAUAUUCGGUUAUAAACAGAAAGGCCCGGAAGCUGUACGUGCAACCAACGUUUUCUACUAUUUAACGUACGAGGGUACCGUAGAACUGGACACAAUCACAGAUCCUAUGAUAAGAGAAGCUAUAGAAAACCAAAUUAGGAAUUUCGGACAGACGCCGUCGCAGCUUUUGAUGGAACCGCAUCCUCCGAGAAGCUCCGCGAUGCAUUUGUCGCCAAUGAUGUUUUCGAGUAUUCCGGACGACGUGUGCAUGACUAUCAAGUUUCCGUCUAACUCGCCGAUCUGUCACAUCUCGGCUAACACUUACCCUCAACUGCCACUGCCAUCGGUUGUGACGGUAACCACCGGACAGCAAUUUGCUGUUAAUCGGUGGAAUACCAAUUAUGCAGCCUCCGUGCAAUCUCCGAGUUAUGCAGAUACACCUCAGGCGCAGGCUGCCAAUCAGCCAUUAUCCAUGGAUCCUGUUCUCUCUCAAGCGGCAAACAGCUCAAAUCCAACGUUACAACGUCGACAUCUAGGCGACAAUUUUAGUCAGAAGCUUAAAAUUCGCAGCAAUUGCUUUGUUACCACUGUGGACAGCCGAUUUUUAGUGGCUUGCGGAUUUUGGGACAAUAGCUUCCGCGUUUUCUCCACCGAGACAGCAAAAAUCGUCCAAAUAGUGUUUGGUCAUUACGGAGUCGUUACUUGCUUGUCGCGCAGCGAGUGCAACAUUACUUCCGAUUGCUACAUUGCAUCCGGAAGUGCUGAUUGUACUGUCCUCCUUUGGCAUUGGAACGCAAGAACACAAACUAUUGUUGGUGAGGGUGAAGCACCGGCGCCACGUGCCACCCUUACAGGUCACGAACAGCCUGUGACGGCCGUCGUCAUAUCCGCCGAGUUGGGUUUGGUUGUCUCGGGAUCGCAUUACGGGCCGGUACUCGUCCACACCACUUUUGGUGACCUUCUGAGGUCUCUCGAGGCGCCGAAUGGAUUUUCGUCCCCUGAAAACAUCGCUAUGUCACGCGAGGGCGUCAUCGUGGUAAACUAUGAACGUGGGCACAUAGCGGCUUUCACUAUAAAUGGAAAACGUCUUCGUCACGAGUCUCAUAAUGAUAAUUUACAGUGCUUAUUACUGAGUAGAGACGGCGAGUACUUGAUGACUGGAGGUGACAAGGGUAUCGUUGAAGUUUGGCGAACUUUUAAUCUUGCCCUACUUUAUGCAUUUCCCGCAUGUGAAAGCAGCGUGCGAUCCCUUGCACUAGCUCAUGAUCAAAAGUUUCUUCUAGCUGGUCUGGCAAACGGGUCCAUUGUGAUAUUCCACAUCGACUUUAACAGAUGGCAUCACGAGUUCCAGCAGCGUUACUGAAAUUACGACUUCUUCUUUGCCUAAGAAGGCAGGGCGCAUCCUAUAAAACAAACUCUUGCGCUUAACUUUCCAAAUACAACUUCGAAUUUACAUGUAUUUUCUCGAACAAACGAUGCUUCGUUUGUUCAAUUUUCCAUGGAUCACUCACGAGUGUACCGAAUGUACGGGGGAACCAUAGUAUUUGCGCGACAUUUGUACGGGCCAGCUUCUCGUCAGACUAUCUUUAGAUUUGCCGCAAUUUAUGAUAUAUAAAGUAUAUUCAAUCAAUCGUUUUCGAAUUAGGUGCAACGAGCGGCAAUGAAAUAAAUGUGGUGCACUGCGAAUUUUAACGUUCAGCAAUAAACUCGCUUACAUGGCUGCGUGCAGUGCUUCCGUGAGAGAGGAGGUCGAGCGGAGCGUGGUACAGAGGGCGAGGUGCAAUCAGAGUUCCGGCCGUUUAUCCCGCGUUAUUGCGAGUGGACAUCAAACCAUGUCGCAUGCUUGUAAAAGCGCGAAAAUUAUAUUACGUGCCGCUCGAAAACGCUAGUCAAUUAACGAAGACUCGGAUUUAUCUAUGUUCGCGAGUGUUCACGCGAUUUCUUCUCACGCGGCGCGGAGAAAAAGGUAUGCUAUAACGGGAAAAGAUGAUGAGCCCCGAAGAAAGAAACCGUGUCAACGAGACGGCGGAGCUGAAUACAUAUGUUAUUUUUAUGCCUGGAACUGCACGUGGAUUUGGCCCACGACACUCUAGCGUUAAAUGUCCAAUUGUAAAUACGGAAUAUGUAAUUCUUCACGUUAUACAUAUAUACAUACACACGUGCAUACACGCGCGCUUUAUUCCCUAUAUUAGAGGGGCCAAGGAAGUGAAAGGCGUGCAUUAUCGCGAGAGGUUUGCAUUCUAUUCUUCUCAGACGUAUUAAUGUCGCUCACGUCGAACCUUUUGGCUAAGCACCUUGUACGUUCAGUUCGGACUACACGCACGCGAACGCACUGCGUAAAUCAUUGAUACCGCGAUAGCACUGGUAAAUGCUGCGCGGUAGACAUCACAUCGCUAAUCAUUCUCCCGACCGCGGUAUCAAUCUCCUACCCCUCAUUCCUCGCCGCCGCCGCCGCAACACUUUCUACACCCUGAUGUUCGCGUCCUUCGAAAGAGAUCCUAAUUUUUAUCAAAGCCGUCCAGCUUAACUUUUUGCGAGGAUAUUUCUUGGUAUUUUCGCACGCGACGUAUAUUAAUCAGCAAAGCAAGUUAUUUAGGCUAAAGUAACAUCCCGAAUUCAUCCUUAACAUUCCGCGAGUUGUCAAGGAUCGCGUUUAAGUAUGAAUGUGUCGUCGGUGAUCCUUAGAAUGAUUCGAGUGAGUAGGAUAUAUGAGAGAUGAAAGAAAGAGAAAGAGAAAAAGAGAGUGAGAAAGCGUGAAAUUGUGAGAGUGAGAGAAUGAAGAAAAAAAGACGUACACUUUAACAGCCAACAACGAUGGGGAAGAAGAUGCUUGAUCACGUAUAGGCGGUAGAAUUACUAGCUUGAUUUUCGUUUGUAUCGUAUUGCCAUCGUAGAACAUAUGAUCGAUAGUCUUGUAGUUACUACAGUACUAUUGUCAUUUUGAGCCUUGUGCAUUUCACGAGCUAGUCUUAGACACAGAUGCCGCAUAAGUAUAGCCUUCAGUUGUUUGUACGUAUUCCGGAUAUAGUAUAUUGUCCGUCACCUUGAUUUUAAUCAUGUGUAACGAGUAAUUACUUAAUAUAUCUAAGAAGACAGAAGGAUGGGGAAACUGUUUUGUUGUCGUUGCUUCGUAGCCGUAUGACAAUGAUAGAUGUAUUUUCGCUGUCGCCAAGAUAGUUGUCGCAAAAUCUUUGUAUAUGAAAGAAUGAAGAAGGAUGCAGAGAUGAGAGAAUACAGAAAGAAAGCAGAAAAACAUAAAUAUAAAUCAUUUGAAAUGAAUCACAAAUUUUAGUUGACCGUCGCGAUUUAAGA